AGUCGCAUCUUUUUCAAAUUUCAAGUGACCCAAAGACCUCUUUGCGAAGAAGCUUUGAACCGCCAGACAUAACUCGAAGUCUUCAUAUCUAGUCCAGAGACUUUUUAUACCCCUCAUUCUUUAUCUUAUCCUCGCAAAAUGGCGAACGCACCCCACGGCGGCGUCCUCAAGGACUUGAUUGCACGCGAUGCGCCCCGUCGCAAGGAGCUCUUCGACGAGGCAGAGAAGCUCCCCGCAAUUGUUUUGUCUGAGAGGCAGCUUUGCGACUUGGAACUCAUCCUCAACGGAGGUUUUUCACCCUUGGAGGGUUUCAUGAACCAAAAGGACUACGAUGGUGUAGUUGCCGAGAACCGUCUCGCCGACGGCAACCUCUUUUCCAUUCCCAUCACGCUCGAUGUCUCAAAACAGACCAUCGAUGAAGUUGGCGUCAAGCAGGGUGCACGCAUCGCUCUUCGCGACUUCCGUGACGACCGCAACCUUGCUAUCCUCACAGUCGACGAUGUAUACCAGCCAGACAAGGAGAAGGAGGCGCGCGAGGUAUUCGACAAGGACGGCGAUGUGGCACACCCCGCCAUCAAGUACCUGUACGAGACCGUGAAGGAGUUCUACGUUGGUGGCAAGCUCGAGGCUAUCGACCGUCUGGAGCACUACGACUAUGUCGGUCUCCGAUACACACCCGCGGAACUGCGUCUGCACUUUGACAAGCUUGGCUGGUCCAAGGUUGUCGCUUUCCAGACGAGGAACCCCAUGCAUCGCGCUCAUCGUGAGCUGACGGUUCGUGCCGCCCGCGCUCGCCAGGCCAAUGUCCUCAUCCACCCCGUGGUUGGUCUUACCAAGCCCGGUGACAUUGACCACUUCACCCGUGUCCGUGUCUACCAGGCACUGAUGCCUCGCUACCCCAACGGCAUGGCUGUCCUCGCCCUUCUGCCUCUUGCUAUGCGUAUGGCUGGUCCCCGUGAGGCGAUCUGGCACGCCAUUAUUCGCAAGAACCAUGGUGCUACUCACUUCAUUGUUGGCCGUGACCACGCUGGCCCGGGCAAGAACUCCAAGGGCGUUGACUUUUACGGUCCAUAUGACGCCCAGGACGCCGUCGAGAAGUACAGAGGCGAGCUUGGCAUUGAGGUUGUACCCUUCUUGCAGAUGACCUACCUCCCCGACUCCGACGAGUACAAGCCCAAGAACGAGGUUGAGCAGGGUAUCAAGACUCUCGACAUCUCUGGAACUGAACUCCGCAAGCGUCUCCGAACUGGCCAAGAGAUCCCCGAAUGGUUCUCCUACCCCGAGGUCGUCCGCGUGCUCCGAGAAUCGCACCCUCCCCGUAACCAACAGGGUUUCACCGUCUUCCUGACGGGUUACCAAAACUCCGGCAAAGACUCCAUCGCCCGCGCCCUGAACGUCACUCUCAACCAACAAGGUGGCCGCUCCGUCUCUCUUCUUCUCGGUGACACCAUCCGCAGCGAACUUUCCAGCGAACUUGGCUUCAGCCGCUCCGACCGUGACAAGAACAUUGCCCGCAUUGCCUUUGUAGCCUCUGAGCUCACCAAGGCCGGUGCCGCAGCCAUCGUCGCGCCCAUUGCUCCCUUUGAAGACUCAAGAAAGGCGGCCCGCCAGACCGUCGAGAGGUACGGAUCCUUCUACCUCGUCCACGUCGCCACUCCCCUCGAGCACGCCGAGAAGACCGACAAGCGCGGUGUCUACGCCAAGGCGCGCGCCGGUGAAAUCAAGGGCUUCACCGGUGUCGACGACCCGUACGAGGUUCCUGAGAAGGCCGACCUGACUGUUGAUCUCUCAACAAGCAAUGUCAGGACAGCCGUGCACCAAAUCGUGCUGCUGUUGGAGAGCGAGGGUCUCUUGACACAGUUACCAAAAGGCUGA